UCGAAAGUGCGUUUUAUAACAAUUGUGGCGAGCGAGAGAAAUUAUGCAGGGUGUACACAAUUUGUUUUAAUCCCCAAACCGAAGAGGAAGAGGUUUAGUUUCUCCCCUAGCGGCCAUAUUGUAUGGACUAUUGGUGGAAAAAGCAGUAUUUCAGCAGCAAAAUUCAUUUUAAGAAGAACCUUGUCAAGACUUUGGUUGGCGGUGGGAUUCAGUUCAACAGCUAGCUGUCCAGCUGGUUGAGGGAUUUCACAGAUUGGGGAUUGUGUUUUUAAGAUAUAGAUUUACUAUUACUAUAUUUAUUUUUUAGCUUGUUUAUAAACAGUCGUCAAGAUGAAGGACCGAUUGGAACAACUUAAAGCAACAUGUGACAAUGACGAUGAGGAAGUGGAAAUUGCUAUCGACAAUGCAGCUUUUAUGGAUGACUUUUUCUCUCAGAUUGACGACAUCAGGAUCAGCAUUGAUAAGAUUGAUGAGAAUGUGUCUGAAGUCAAGAAGCUCUACUCUGUCAUCUUGUCUGCCCCCACAUCAGACCAGAAAACACAGGAUGACUUGGAGGCUGUCACCAACAACAUCAAGAAGAUGGCUAACAAUGCCCGGAACAAACUCAAAACCAUCGAGAGGGAUCUGGCGUCUGAGGAAGAGGAGAGGAUUUCAGCCGACAUGCGGAUACGCAAAUCACAGCAUGCAGUGCUGUCCAGGAAGUUUGUGGAAGUGAUGACCAAGUACAAUGAGGCCCAGGUGGACUUCAGGGAGAGGAGUAAAGGACGCAUCCGGAGACAGCUAGAGAUCACUGGAAAAGCCACGACAGAUGAGGAGCUGGAAGAGAUGUUAGAGGGGGGAAACUCUGCUGUCUUCACUUCAGGGAUCAUGGACUCUGGGAUCUCGAAGCAAGCUCUCAGUGAGAUCGAGGCGCGACACAAAGACAUUGUGCGUCUGGAGAGCAGCAUCAAAGAGCUGCAUGACAUGUUCGUAGACAUCGCCAUGCUGGUGGAGAGCCAGGGUGACAUAGUGAACAAUAUAGAGGUGCAAGUGUCUAAAGCUGUGGACCACAUAGUAGUGGCUAAGACUGAGACCAAGAAAGCCAUCCAGUACCAGAGCAAAGCACGCAAGAAGACAAUCAUUAUAGCAGUGGUCUGUACUGUGCUUGCUGUCCUCAUCCUCGCCAUCAUCCUAUCACAGACAGUAGGGUAAUAGAGGGACCACGGCCCCCACCCACCCAACCAUCUUCAUAAUCACUCCAUUUUGCCCUCCUCCAGCUGUAACGGCAAAGAGGGGGAUGUAGACUCAACCGAUCACUUCCAUUGCCCUGGGAUCCUCCCCCUCUCUUACUGUAUGUCUGACCAAUAGAAAAAGGCCCAGCUGAUGGGACUGGCUGGUGUCUUACCUGAGGUGGCUGAGAGGAUGAGCAUCAGCUGGGAGAGAAACAAGAGGACCAAAACUGAGGCUGUUUAUGAGCCUCUGAUAAUGCCAAUAAAAAGGGAAUCUUAAGUAAUGUAUAUCCUUACCCUCACACAACUAAAUGGACACCAUGCAACACUUCAAUGACAUUCUCUGAACUGCUUUCUAUGUAUCCAGUAAUGUGAUUGAUCUUGAUCCACACUGAAGGGAAUCCAUGACACGUCUCUCUCAUUACAAAAAAACAUUGACUUAAUGUAUCCCUGUCACCACCCGUGCCUUAUUGUCUUGCCAUGACCCUCCAAGCUGAAAGGUAGCCAACCAGCCACAGCCUCCUCUAGCCCACAGAGGAACGUUGACCUCACCAUAUCACAUGAUAUGUACUGAGGAUGGAAACCAGUGGAUUUCACUUCAAUCUAUGUUGAGCAAUGUGCAUGUGUUUGAUGCAUAGUGUUUUUAAAACUCCCAAAGCACAACUAACCUCUAAGCAUUUGGGUGAUAUGAGUCUAACAUCUGAUUUGCUCCCAAGCCUUUUUUUGUUUGUUGCUGUCUGUCCAAUUUUAAAUUAAUUUCCAUACCUCAGAUACGGUGGCCAAUGGCAAGGCUUUAAAUGAGACAAGAUCUCAGUUACGUACUCGUGUCCCCUCUCCUUCUCAAAACCCAUUGGAGGAGAAGGUCCGUGGGAAGGGACCUCUGUCUUUCUCAUCCAAUGGGUUUUGAGGAGGGAGGGAGGACACGUGGAGUAUGUAAUUGAGGUCAUCCCUGAUGGUUUGGAUAUUUCAAGACCAUUUUAAAUGUAAUAGAACUUCACUGUAGUAUUAUGGUGGAUGCCAGAGAUUUUAAUGAUGGAAUAAAAUGUUUAAGACUG